GGGCUGGCCGCCCACUUCUGUUCACCAUGGAGCUGGGUUUCCCUGGGGACCGGUGGACUGGCCCAGCCCUGCCCCCUCACCCCUCCUGGCCGCAGCUCACACUGGGAGGAGGGGUGGAGGCUGGGCUGCCUCCUGGACCCCUACCCCCCUUGCCUUGCCUUCCAGAACCUGGGCUGGGAGCAAGAGGCAGUGGCUGCCCUUGGAGGAGGUCCUGGAGGCAGCUCUAGCUGGGAUGGUGGCUCCAGCAUCUCUAAAGGCCGUGGGAGGUCCAGCCCCACCGAGGGCACCCUAGGCCUCCCACAGCCCACCACCUGUGCCCCUUCCCCCUGCCCAUCCACAGGCCACUCGCCAUGGGCAGCUGCUUCUCCAAGCCCAAGCCAGUGGAGCUCAAGAUCGAGGUGGUGCUGCCGGAGAAGGAGCGGGGCAAGGAGGAGCUGUCAGCCAGCGGGAAGGGCAGCCCCCGGGCCUACCAGGGCAAUGGCACGGCCCGCCACUUCCACACUGAGGAGCGCCUGCCCGCCCCUCACCCCUACCCGGGCGCUCAGGACUGCGUGGAGGCCGCCAUCUGCCAUGUCAAAGACCUCGAGAAUGGCCAGAUGCGGGAAGUGGAGCUGGGCUGGGGGAAGGUGUUGCUGGUGAAGGACAAUGGGGAGUUCCACGCCCUGGGCCACAAGUGUCCACACUAUGGUGCGCCCCUGGUGAAAGGCGUGCUGUCUCGUGGCCGGGUGCGCUGCCCGUGGCAUGGCGCCUGCUUCAACAUCAGCACUGGGGACCUGGAGGACUUCCCUGGCCUAGACAGCCUGCACAAGUUCCAGGUGAAGAUUGAGAAGGAGAAGGUGUACGUCCGGGCCAGCAAGCAGGCCUUGCAGCUGCAGCGAAGAACCAAGGUGAUGGCCAAGUGUAUCUCUCCGAGCGCUGGCCACAGCGGCAGUACCAACGUGCUCAUUGUGGGCGCAGGGGCAGCUGGCCUGGUGUGUGCGGAGACCCUGCGGCAGGAGGGCUUCUCAGACAGGAUUGUCCUGUGCACGCUGGACCGGCACCCCCCCUACGACCGGCCCAAGCUCAGCAAGUCCCUGGAUGCACAGCCCGAGCAGCUGGCCCUAAGGCCCAAGGAGUUCUUCCGAGCCUACGGCAUCGAGGUGCUCACGGAGGCCCAGGUGGUCACAGUGGACGUGAGAAAUAAGAAGGCCGUGUUCAAGGAUGGCUUCAAGCUGGAGUACAGCAAGCUGCUGCUGGCACCAGGGAGCAGCCCUAAGACCCUGAGCUGCAAAGGCAAAGAGGUGGAGAACGUGUUCACCAUCCGGACGCCUGAGGAUGCCAAUCGCGUGGUGAGGCUGGCCUGGGGCCGCAACGUGGUGGUCGUGGGAGCUGGCUUUCUGGGUGAGCAGCUGGGGGUGGUGGUCAGGCCAUCAUCACCGGUCCUGGGGUGGUACUGGCCCUGGGAGGUGCAGGGUGCCAGCCUGCCCCCUACCCUGGCCCCAGGGAUGGAGGUGGCCGCCUAUCUGACUGAGAAGGCCCACUCAGUGUCUGUGGUGGAGCUGGAGGAGACGCCCUUCAGGAGGUUCCUAGGGGAGCGUGUCGGUCGUGCCCUCAUGAAGAUGUUUGAGAACAACCGGGUCAAGUUCUACAUGCAGACGGAGGUGUCGGAGCUGCGGGCGCAGGAGGGAAAGCUGAAGGAGGUCGUGCUCAAGAGCAGCAAGGUCGUGCGGGCUGACGUCUGUGUGGUGGGCAUUGGUGCGGUGCCCGCCACGGGCUUCCUGAGGCAGAGUGGCAUCAGUCUGGAUUCCCGAGGCUUCAUCCCUGUCAACAAGAUGAUGCAGACCAACGUCCCAGGUGUGUUUGCAGCUGGCGAUGCUGUCACCUUCCCCCUGGCCUGGAGGAACAAUCGCAAAGUGAACAUCCCACACUGGCAGAUGGCUCAUGCACAGGGGCGGGUGGCGGCCCAGAACAUGCUAGCGCAGGAGGCAGAGAUCAGCACCGUGCCCUACCUGUGGACAGCCAUGUUCGGCAAGAGCCUACGCUAUGCAGGGUACGGAGACGGCUUCGACGACGUCAUCAUCCAGGGGGAUCUGGAGCAGCUGAAGUUCGUGGCUUUUUACACCAAAGGCGACGAGGUGAUCGCCGUGGCCAGCAUGAACUAUGAUCCCAUUGUGUCCAAGGUGGCUGAGGUGCUGGCCUCAGGCCGUGCCAUCCGGAAGCGGGAGGUGGAGACUGGCGACAUGUCUUGGCUCACAGGGAAAGGAUCCUGAGCUCGCAUGCAGCGGACCUGGACAGGCACGCUGGGGCACCAGGGACAGAAGCCAUGCCUUGGGGGCAGGUGCCAACCUCCAAUUUCCCAGGACCCCCCAGGGCAGCAUCUGAGCCCUCCCAGUGCUUGCCUUCGGCUGCCU